CGGACUACACCGACAGUAAUGCCUCCUGUUCCACUUUCUCUACACCGACGCACAGUCACAUUACGGUAACGUUAAGACACGGCGGACCACCGGGGGUCUGCCGAUCGUCUCUCGCCUCUUAAUCCCCCCUCCCCACCACCUUUUUUUCCAUCUUCACCACCGAGACUUCCAGACUGGACAUGCGAGGAUGUACCGUAAGAAGAUAAGGAGCGGCAAAGGUCAGCGAGCCGGAUCGAUGCUCCUCUCCGUGAUAAAGUAGCUCAGACACCGCGGCGCCGUCAAAAGGAGAAGCCGCCUCUGGUCGCAUGAACGCCGGCAGGACUUGGCUCUGCUGCUCGGUCCUUUCCACAGACUCAGGAUGAGGAAACCUAAAGUCAUUCGGAUGGUUUUUGCCUUGAGUCUAGGAUGCUUCAUUAUGGUCAUCUUUUACUUUAACAGCAAUCUGAGGCCAGCCUCGGAGCCGGUCGGUGACAGAAGCAGCGGGCAGAAAUCAAGAAGGAGUCCUCUACAGACGCUUUAUGAUGGUGAUCAGGUUGAACCAGCAGUGCAAGUGAUCCAUCAGGGCCGGCGAGAGCUGUUAGAAGAAGCUUGUCGCUCCUACACCCGCAAACGUAGAGUCCUCAUCCCAGAGGACCUGAAGCACGUCAUCGUGGACGACCAGCACGGCUUGCUGUACUGCUAUGUUCCCAAAGUGGCCUGCACCAACUGGAAACGGGUGCUCAUGGUCCUGACGGGCGUCGCCGGGUCUCACCGAGACCCGCUGGAGAUACCAGCCAACGAGGCCCACAUCCCAGGAAAUCUGCGCACUCUGUCGGAGUACACCACCUCCCAGAUCAACCAGCGCCUCCGCUCCUACCUGAAGUUCGUCUUUGUCCGCGAGCCCUUCGAGCGGCUGGUGUCCGCAUACCGCAACAAGUUCACGAGGAGCUACAACACGGCCUUCCAUAAACGAUAUGGCACAAAGAUAGUGCAGCGGCACAGGCCCGACCCACAGCCGGAAGCUCUGGAGAGAGGCAACGACGUCUCGUUCGAGGAGUUUGUGUAUUACCUCGUGGACCCGGCCACCCAGCGGGAGGAGCCCUUCAACGAGCACUGGGAGAGGGUGCACUCGCUGUGCCACCCCUGCCUCAUCCACUACGACGUGGUGGGGAAGUACGAGACGCUGGAGCAGGACUCCCGCUACGUGCUGCAGCUGGCCGGGGUGGAGGACCAGGUCAGCUUCCCCGCAUCGUCCAAGAGCACCAGGACUACAGGAGACAUGGCAGCCCAGUUCUUCCACAACAUCAGCCCCUUCUACCAGAAGAAGCUGUACAACCUUUACCGCAUGGACUUCCUGCUCUUUAACUACUCAGUGCCAGCUUACCUCAAGUUCAGAUGAGGCUGGGACGUCAGUCAUCCAUGGACUCAACUUGACCCGGAGCCUGGAGGCUUGGGUCUUUGUAGGCCUUAUUACAGACACCACAAAUACUGUUUAAAGCUUCAGAGCUCUAAAAUUCAUUCAUUGCUUUUACAGUCAAAACAUCAGGCUGAAGAACUUCUGUGCAUACAGCAGGAUCCAUCAGGGUGAGAAGGAGCUGUAAGAAGCCUGCCGCUCCUACACCCGAAUACAAGGAGGAGAGGAACACUUCAUCACAAGAAGUGGUUGCCUAAAGAAGGCAGACUAUAUUUUACUGUAAACAGUGAAGCAGUCGGUCACUGUUUUAAAUAUGUGAAAAACAUUUAACUUCUGGUUUAAUUUUAUUUUUGUCUGAAAUUUGCACGACAAAUUUUAAUCUCUUCGCCCGGAGGACGCUACAGUAGCACAAGUAUUAACAUUACAUUUGGACGAUAAAUGUCUCCAAAUGUACAGUAUGUGCCUUCGAUCGUGGGACUUUUUUUGACCCCAGAGGACAACAACAACUUUUAUAACUGUGACUGUGUUUAUUUUUGUAGGAAGAGACUGUUGUGUAACUAUGAUAUUGUCUUUAUUUAUUGUGUUAUUUCUGACUCCGAUAAAGUCAGACAAACCAAAAUAGAUAUAGUUUCUCUCACAAUUUCUGAAUAAAUGCAUUUCAGCAAGAAUUUGAUUACUGGAAUUAUUC